UACAAUCCUAAAGAGAUAAAUAAAACUGUUGGCUUAAAUUAUGAAUGUAUAUGAAGACCUAUAUGAACAUAAAACAAUUAUGAUAAAGAAAAAUGUUAACCGACCAAAUUUUAAAAGAAUAAUCAUUUCUUUCUUCUUCUUCUCUCUCUCUCUCUCUCUCUCUGUCUCCUUUUCAAUAAUUAAAUUAUUUUUAAAAGUACAUUGAUAAACAAAGCACACAUGGCCACGUAUUCAAUCCUAUUCAAGUAAGUUUAUAUUUCAGUUUUCUCACCCUAUAUUUAUUAUAUUUAAAAAAUGAACAAAAAGUUAUUAUGUAUUAAAGUUACCUUAAGUUUCUUGGAAAAGCAUAAGAUUGUACUAAUGUCUUAAUAAUCUAGAUAUGAAGGACAUUACCUUCUAUGCUGUUUAAGUUAUAUUAUAUAUAAAGCUUUUUACAGUUCUUUAUAGUUUAUAGUCAUACGUAUAGAUAUAGAAUAUAAAGUAAUUUCAUUAAAAAACCUCAUAUUUAAAACGAUAUUUUUAAAACUAAAGCUAAUAAUAAAAAUUAUACUCGUUUGUAUUAGGAAAUUUUAAUCCGAUAACGGUCAAAUUUCUUGAUCGUGCUGCCUUAAAUGACGAUUUCAAACAAGUUUGUUUUAUUACACUCAAAGGCUCCAUGCCAUUCUACAAUAUGUUAGUGUAGUGCCACCCUAUAAAGGGUUGGAUUAUCGCUAGGGGAUUAUCCGCAAAUGAAUUGGCUUGUAGCCCAAGUGAUUGUACAUUUCACAAAAGAGUCUAUUAAUAGUAGAGUUCUAUUGGAAAUUAGCUGUAAUUACUAUAUUUAUACCGCAAUUAUAGAUGGCAGUAGCUGAUAUAAAACUUCAUACCUUCUAAGAGAAAAAAACGACCUCUGCCUGGUCCUAUAAGCAUUAAACGUUUCAUAAUUUUCGGGGGAGAACCAAUCAUCCAAUUUAAAAGAGCCAAGUUGGCUAUGACUCUUUCUUAAGGACAUUCUUGAAAACUUAAAAUUAAUUUGCCCUUCCAUUGAAAAGUAAAGAUUAUAGUAAUCCAUUUCCCAUACAAAAAGAUUAUAAAGGACAAUUUUAGACAUAAGAUGGCGCUUUUUUAUUAAAGAAUUUAAAUUAAAUUAAAUUUGUUUUUAACAGAAUAGGCUUAUUGAUAAAGUUAGGCUAAUUUUUUUCAAUAUUAGUCAAACUAUUUCCCAAACAAGAAACACGUAGAGACGUCAAUAAAUCGAUCACCCUGGCGACUAAUUUAUUCAGAAAGAUGUAGGAGUGAGUUCACAGCGCCCCUGGUGGCGUUAGGGACGGAUACCAUGAAUUGAAAGGGAGCAAAUAUAAUGAUCGAUUCAGUCCAGUAAUGACGGAGGAGGAUAAAUCUAAAACUCCUGGCGAUAAUGGUUCAGGACGAGGACGAAGUUUCGGCAAAUGGAGAAAAGUAAAAAAGGAUCCUAAAUUAGAAAAAGUAACAGAGGAGAACUCGAACGAUUUCUUUGGAGUUAAAAGUUAUUUACACCACUUCUACGAUACUAUUCACACAUAUAAAGAUCCAGAUGUUUACGAAGAUGAUGAUUUAAAACUUCUUUUGAAAGAAAAUGCAACACGAAGGCGUCGGUGUAUAAGUUCUAUAUGGUGGAAAGUUUUCGUUUGGAUUGGCGCAAACCUAUUAAUCUUUGGCAUUGUUGGAGUUCUAGUUGGCUAUUUAGUUCCCCAAAAAACCGUUAUAGUAGCCGAAACUGAAGAUGAUUAUGACAUACUAGAUAAUCAAGCCAUCAAUUUCAAUAUGAAUCUUGAUGUUUGCAAAUUAGUCGGAUUGAUCUUGUUUUGCAUUGGAGGUUUAACGUUAACGGUAGCGCUAUUAGUGCCUACGAUAGUGGUACCAAGGCAGGAGCCGCCUCCCCCUGAUCUCGAUACAACGUUAACAUCAUUCUCCGAUUAUCAGGAUCAACCGAGAAGUCCUCCUCCAGUCCCAGUCGAUUCUUUAACUACUGUCAAGCAGGUUCAACCGGCUAGGAAGGAGCAAGAAUCAGUUGCCACCCAAGCAGCUGGUAUGGUUCCGUUGGCUGCUUCGGUCACACAAUAGUGCGACAAAAAUAUCAAUGUCGUAUCAUUUUAAUUAUUGUCGUCUGCUUUAAAUCAAAUUAAAAAUAUAUUUUUUUUCGGAGUGAAUGUCAGCCCGCAAUGAAUAACUAAAAGUCUCCAAUUCCUUUAUCUUAGAAACUGUCAAUUUUACUGAGCUAUAGCAAAACUAUAAUCUAUUUUUAAAAACUUUCUAAUUACUAAUUAUUAUUAUUAAUAUAAAUGUUAAAGUAAUAGUAUAGGAAACUGAAUGCUAAAUGAUAUCUUGAAAAGGGAGCUGUACCGU